AUGCUAUCCGAUAAACUACCUAUAAUCGCUUCCAUGUUCAAACAGGUCGAGGUGUCUCUUGCCAGGAAACAAAUUGGAACCACUAGCAGCAUGUACGCUUAUCGAUCAUACCUGGAAGCAUUACUCAGUCAUGGAGAAUACGCCAAAACUCAUCAAUUGCGAGCGGGCGGAUACUUUAAGGAGCUGGCAAAUAUGGAGACCACCAGGGCUACGAUCAGCGACAGCUCAGCAACUCAUAACAAAGGAGCCAUAGCUCGCUUCAAGAUGGCAAAGUUCAGUCGAAGUUUUGAACUCCAAGGCCGCAUCCAUAACGAGAUGUUCGAGCAAGGAAAACUUCUCCUCAGCAAAGUAUCCCUUACAGUCAAAUUAACCAUGGGAAACCCUGAAUUCAACCUGAUGUCUGCGUCAACAACUACAGAUUAUAAGAUAAAAUUGGAGAAAGCGAUCCUCUACGCAAGCCACAAAGAAAUUGCAUCCUAUGUCCGAGUAACCCACGAAGAAAAGCUUCUAACGGCUAAUGCAAAAUACCCCGUGGCAAGAAUCGAAACGCGUUACUUUCAGAAAGCUGCAGGAACUGCCGACAUGUCCGAGGCCAAUCUGUGCAAGGGAGAGACUCCGAGGAGAAUUAUUCUGGGCCUGGUCGCCAGCUAUGCCAUGAACGGUGCUCUCGACGGAAACCCGUUUAAUUUCAAGCAUUACAAGGCGACCAGCGUAAAACUAACCGUUGCGGGAGCCGAGAUUCCUUACGGGGAACUAAAAAUGAAUUUUGGCGAUAAAAAGGUGCUAAACGGGUACAUGACGCUCUUCCGAGGGAGCAAGGUCUGGCCUGCCAAUAAGAGCAACGACAUAACGCUAGAAGACUAUGUGGAUGGAUAUGCCCUGUACGUCUUCAACUUAGCCCGAGACGAUGCCGGAUCGAGUGCAUUUCAACUCGCCAAAAAAUGGAGACGUAAGCGUGGAAAUCAAGCUGUCCGAAGCUACAACCGAAGCGAUAAACAUCGUAGUUGUGUAUGA